AUGGUAAAUAUUGAUUGGAUCGACCAGUCACUGAUCGAUCGUGUUAAAAGACUGACUUGUCGUGAGCCACACGUUUUCCUCCGCCGUGGUGUCUUCUUCGCCCACAGGUAUUUCAAUGAGAUUCUUGACUCGUAUGAGAGAGGAGAAAAGUUCUAUCUCUACACUGGAAGAGGACCUUCUUCAGAAGCUUUGCACUUGGGCCAUUUGAUUCCUUUCAUGUUUACCAAAUACUUGCAAGAAGCUUUCAAUGUUCCCCUUGUUAUACAGCUAACGGAUGAUGAAAAAUUCAUGUGGAAGAACUUAACGGUGGAGGAAACUCAAAGACUUGCCAGGGAAAAUGCCAAAGAUAUCAUUGCUUGUGGAUUCGAUGUAACUAAGACCUUCAUCUUCUCUAAAAUGGGUACUCUGUAUGAAAAUGUAGCCAAGAUUUCACCAUGCGUAACAGAUAAUAAGGCAGCUCCAUGUUUCCCUACCUCAUUUCCUCACUUGUUCCCUGGAAUGGACAAGCUCCGUUGCUUGAUUCCUUGUGCAAUUGACCAGGAUCCUUACUUUAGAAUGACUCGUGAUGUUGCACCUCGGUUAGGAUAUAGCAAGCCUGCUCUAAUUGAGUCAUCAUUUUUUCCAGCUCUGCAGGGACUGAGUGGAAAAAUGUCUGCUAGUGAUCCAAAUUCCGCUAUCUAUGUAACUGAUACCGCAGAGGACAUUAAAAACAAGAUAAAUAGAUAUGCAUAUACUGGUGGGAGAGACAAGGAGAAAGACCAAAAACAACACAGAUCAGAUCUAGAGAAAGACAUACCGUUCAAGUAUUUGAGUUUCUUCCUCGAAGAUGAUUCUGAACUUGAUUAUAUUAGAAAGGAGUAUGGAAACGAAGAGAAGUUGACCGAUGAUGAAAAAGAGAAUGGAAAAAAAAAAGAUGUUGACUGGAGCUGUAAAGAAGCGACUCACCGAAGUCUUGACAGAAAUAGUUGA